UGGUUCGUUCUUUCUCGAAUGCUGAAGUCUUGUGUGGUGAACGGAAUAAUGAAAUAGCAUUGUGCGCAUGCAAGUUGAAUUGAUUGUUGAAAACGUAUUCUGAUACAAAUUUGAAUGAAACCUGAUUUUCGACUUCUGAAACUCGAAUAUGCCACGAACUUAUAUCCAUAAGACCUCUGGUGGUCACUGGACUGCUAAAGAAUUGAUGGACUUAGCUGCUGGUAUACAGACAUAUGGAUUUGGUGACCCACAGAAAAUAUCAGCAUUUAUAAAAACUAAAAGUCCAACUGCAGUUAGGAUAUAUAUUCUUCGUAGAAUUAAGGAAAUUAGAACUGCAAAGACUAAGUUAGAAAAGAAAAGUACUGGAAGAAGAGUAAAAAAUUCUUGGACAAUUAAAAACGUUGAAGAUGCGAAGAACUGGAGGCCAGUUCGUAAGUGGAAAAAAAUUGCAGAGAAUCAAUUGCCACAGUCUGCUGUCAAACAAGAUUAUAGCCGAAUCAUCAUAAAAGAACUGUGUGAAAAAUUUUAUGAAGAAGCUAAAGAAGUUACCAAUUCUCAAAUUCUGGAUGUGAAAGCUAUAUAUAAAUUCAUGUUAGAAUGUGUCUCUGGUCAGAUUCCCAGCCAAUUGCCAAUAAAGGAAAGCACUUAUGUUCUUGUGUUAUUUCGAAUUCUGAGGGACAUGUUCCAGAAAUACGAUUUUAGUGAGGAAUUUGAGUUUAUGCACAAUUUUCGGAAACAUAUUCAGUUUGUUCCUGCUCAAGUAAAGGAUGAAUUCAAGAAAAAUGUUUCCUAUGAACCUGGAACUAUUCCUAUUCCAAUCAAUCUGUAUGAGAUGCUCACAUGUCAUCGGCAAGUCGUAAAUAGUUUCAACCCACUUGGAAUUCCAUUGUGGUUGUUAGAGAAAGAACAAAAAUAUAUUAGAAAAGUGUUGCAAUCAGAUGGAAGUUGUGAUGAACCUUCAACUUCUGGUGAAUAAAAUAAAUGACAGGAUUGUAUUUCACUGCAAAAUAUUAAUUAUGAAGAGUUAAUCCUCUUCAUUAAAUUUCUCAUUAAAUGUGAAUAAAAUAAAUGACAGGAUUGUAUUUCACUGCAAAAUAUGAAUUAUGAAGAGUUAAUCCUCUUCAUUAAAUUUCUCAUUAAAAGAAAACUUGAGAAAAUACAUAUUUUGAAAUUUUUAUUUGUAUAUACCAGAAGUGAAUGUGUAAUGCAAUGUGUUUCUGUUCAUGUAUAAGUCAUAUGUUAAAAUAAAAUAUGUUUCAGUGUUGAAUUAGUGAUUUUUGUAACAUUUUAUUUUAUUUAUGCUCUUUUGUAAAAAUGAGAAUUAUAAUAAAUUAUGUGUUCUCUGUAACUAUC